CUUGGUUCGAACCCUACAGAUAAAUAAUAAAGAGCUCGGCAUUGGAAAUGAUUAAAAGAUUAUUAAUUUGUGCCUGAUUUGAAGAUAACGAAUCACAAUUAUCCACAAAUUCGUGAUUUUUCCAUUCGUCAAGCUGAAUUCCAAAACAGAUAUCGACAUGAGUUUACCAACUGAUUUCGGGCCUGACUCGGGUGGAAGAGUUAAGGGCUUAGUGAUAGUAAAACCUAUUGUAUAUGGCAACGUUGCCCGCUAUUUUGGUAAAAAGCGAGAAGAAGACGGUCACACGCAUCAAUGGACUGUUUAUGUGAAACCGUACGCCAACGAAGAUAUGUCAGCGUAUAUAAAAAAAGUGCACUUUAAAUUGCACGAGAGCUAUGCAAACCCCAAUAGAAUAGUGACAAAGCCCCCAUAUGAGCUUACAGAGACAGGAUGGGGAGAAUUUGAAAUAGUUAUCAAGAUAUACUUUCACGAUCCCAAUGAAAGACCUGUCACACUCUACCACAUCUUAAAAUUGUUCCAAACACCAGUAACUGAAGGUGCACCCCCUAUUGUCGGCAGAGCUUUGGUCAGUGAAUCAUAUGAAGAGGUUGUCUUUCAAGAACCAACACAACUGAUGCAACAUCUUUUGAAUAGUGUAAAACCAAUUACUAAUGGACCAUGGAAUCAUGAUACUGAUUUUGAAGAGAAGAAAGAAAAGACUUUAGAGAAGAUAAUAGCUGCUCAAUCUAAAGUUAGGAAUGAGAUAUCAGAAUUAAAGGAGAAAUUGCAUUUAGCUAAAGAAACUAUAGCUAAAUUCAAAGAAGAAAUAGCAAAAAUCCAAAAUAAUACAGCUAGUAAUGUGUUGGCAGGUGUUUAAUAUUUAUAUGUGUCAUAGUGAAUGUAUAAUAAGUCAAACAGAGGAUAAAUUAAUGGACUUACUGACUGAUUCUUGUUAUAAAUUUAUUGGUAACAUAGUUUAAUCUAUAAGGAUGUAAAUUAUGUAGAGUUUUGAAAAAUUGAUUUUAGAGAGGUUACCAAUACCAGUAAAAAUUUAAAAAUGGUUUAUGGAAUAAUAAAUCUCUGGUAAAGUGAUUGACUAAAGAAACAUCAAAAUAUUAGGAGUAAGAUCAAUCAGCUAUACCAUUCUGUUAAAAACAGUCAUGAGUUCGACGUCAGGUGGAUGCAGCGCUGUCACAGCAUGGUGCUUCGCUGGAAUAAAAACUUUAUUACCUAUAGCUUUUAUUUAAUUUUACUAUGCAGAUUUGUUUAUAUUACAAUAGCACUGCUAUGACUUUCAUGUCAAGGUAAAAAUGUAAAUCACAGACCUCUGCUGUCUAUUUUUCUCUUAGUUUGGUACCAAAUACGGGUGAAGACAGUAAACGAAAAUAAAUAUAUACUAUUUUUUUUUUCUGGUAGUAUUGAAUAUACUAUUACUGAUAAUCUCACUACCGUGCUCAUUUUAUUUGUAAUAUUAUUUAAAUUGAUUAUGAAAAAACACUGUUGUCAGGUGACUCCAAACAGAACGUGACGUCACAGUCCUCUAAGGAAUAUGUCAUUUUGACUUUGACAUUGACAUACAUAGAACUGUGCAAAGAACGUUUUUUGGGUUUUUUCGACUGUCAACUCGCUAGUGUACAGUAGUGCACGUGGUUUUUGGCUUUCGUUUUAUAAAUUACUUAAUCUCUCCUUUCUACGUUAUAUUACUGUAAAGGAUAAGCGUUAAUUAGAAACACCUGUAGUGAUAAAUGUUUUUUGUUGGUGCUGGUGAAUAACUUAUAAAUUAUCUUUGAGAGUAAGUAAUAGAAAGGAUCUCUCCUGUUGCUUUGUGAGAUGAAUGAAAGAUUGUGGACUGUAAUUAUAGGUUUUAUAUGCCUUAAAAUACAAAGGUAGCCCGACAAUAUGUAACCGCGCGGUGUCUCGUGCGGUCGU